UGUCAGUGUCAGUCCUCAAGGUUUAUUGCGCGGGUCAGUGAGCGCCCCAGUCUGUUAGACAAUUGGAUUAGAACAACGAGACAUUUCAAAGGAACCGCAAGUCCAACGACUCCUCCUCCGUCACGCCACCCUCCCAUCACUGACCUUGUCCUACGAGUACCGUUUGUCGCUAAACGCUGUGGCUGAAGAACAAACCAUUUCUACUGUAGCUUUACCUCGUCAUCAGCAAUGAACAAGUCAUCCUCAAACAAAUGCAGUUACAAAUAUGAGGAUUAUAGAGAAACAGCUGAUUGGUUGCUGUCCCACACUGAGCAGAGGCCUAAAGUAGCCAUCAUCUGUGGCUCUGGCCUGGGCGGCCUGGCUGACCUGCUGGACAACAAGACUGUGUUUCCCUACAAGGACAUCCCAUGCUUCCCCAACAGCACAGUACAAGGACAUGCCAGUCAGCUGGUCUUUGGGGAGCUGCAGGGGAAGCAGUGUGUCUGCAUGCAGGGCCGCUUCCACUUCUACGAAGGCUACAACAUUGCCACAGUGACAUACCCGGUGCGAGUGUUCUUCCUGCUCGGGGUGGAGACCCUGAUUGUCACUAAUGCUGCUGGGGGGCUAAACCCCAACUUUAAAGUCGGUGACAUCAUGCUGAUCAAGGAUCACAUCAACAUGCCAGGCUUUGCAGGCCAGAACCCACUGUGUGGUCACAACGAUGAAAGGUUUGGAGUCCGUUUUCCCUGCAUGUCGGACGCCUAUGACAAAGACCUUUCUAUACUGGCCAAAGAGACUGCUGAGGAGCAGGGCUGUUCCUCCUUCAUCCAGCAAGGCGUGUACUGCAUGGUGGCAGGUCCCAACUUUGAGACCAUCGCAGAGUGCAGAGCUCUCCAGAAACUAGGCGCAGAUGCUGUGGGUAUGAGUACAGUCCCUGAAGUGGUGGUGGCUCGUCACUGUGGUCUUCGUGUCUUUGGCCUGUCUCUCAUCACCAACAAGGUGGUCACAGACUACGACAGCCAGGAGAAGGCCAACCAUGAGGAGGUACUGGAUACCACAAGAAUGCGCACUCAGGACCUACAGAGGCUGAUCAGUAACCUGCUGGCUAAGAUGUAGAUCAGCCCCAGUCUGUCUGUGUUAACUGCCCAGGAACAUAGCUACUGUAAGGUGAUGUUAUACAGAAAGCACAGAUGCAUAUAUUCUAGAGAAAUAGCUAGCAGACAGAUCAUUGCAAUCAUAUGAUAUACGUAAUUUGAAGGAAAGGCUAGAUAGCUUUAAAUGAUGUCUUAUUUGUUUACAUUUCUCAGCACAGAGGAUAAUGCUAGUAUUGCUACUUCAGUUUGAUUUGACCUCUUAUAGGCUAGGAUUUGUCUUCAUUGUGUAAUCUCUAAACUGAAGCACUGUAAAGAGGCAUACUAACCAAACUCACCUCUUCAAAAAGGGGUUGUCCAUAUGGCUAUAAAGUAAUGCAAUACUUGAAAAUAAUAUAUUCCUUUGAAUUAAAACAUCACACUGAAGUGUAAGAUAUGUAGCCUUCAUGUACAUUGAUGUAUUGCACAAUUAUUAAGUACACAUUAAUCUCAUGGUCAAUGUGAUCAUGGGAUCAAGCACUGAAAGACAAAUCAAUGGUCUGUAUAUCACGUGGACCAACAAUCAUUGUGUUGUUGCUUAUUAGUAAUGAUUAACAAUGUAUAUUUCUUCCUUGUUAGACUUAUUAUUCUACCUUUCUAGAAUCCGACUGCUCCUUGAUGGAGAGAUCGCCAAAACUCAUGGUUAUAAGAAUAAUCAAAUUUCUCAGAGUGAUGAAAAGUAAAACUUUUUUUUAAAACUCUAACAUACACUGAAUAUACCAAACAUUAGGAACACCUUCCUAAUAUUGAGUCGGGGCAUGGAUUCUACAAGGUGUUUAAAGCGUUCUACAGGGAUGCUGGCCCAUGUUGACUCCAAUGCUUUCCACAGUUGUGUCUAAUUGGCUGGAUGUCCUUUGGGUGGUGGAUCAUUCUUUAUACACAUGGGAAGCUGUUGAGCGUGAAAAACCCAUCAGCCUUACAGUUCUUGACACAAACCGGUGCGCUUGUCACCUACUACCAUACCCCGUUCGAAGGCACGUAAAUCUUUUGUCUUGCCCAUUCACCCUCUGAAUGGCACAAGGCUUAAAAUCCCUUCUUUAAUGUGUCUCCUCCCCUUCAUCUACACUGAUUGAAGUGGAGUUAACAAGUGACAUCAAUAAGGGAUUGUAGCUUUCACCUGGAUUCACCUGGUCAUUCUAUGUCAUGGAAAGAGCAGGUGUCCUUAAUGUUUUGUAUAGUCAAGGUAUAUUGGGGACCAGUUAUUUUCGUAAUCAUAAAAAGGAGACUGUUGUUGUCAGAUGUUUUUCACAGUUGAGGAGUAGUAAUGUACUGUAUGUAGGAGAUUAACUUCUUUACUUUAAUUUCAGUUGUCCUAAAAUUGAAUGUAUUUUCACAUAAUAUACGGUUUAAAACCAGCAAAUUACA